UGUAAUUUACCAAAAAAGGAUGAACGAUUCCGUCGGUUCUCCAAUCAAACGGCCUUCGCACUUCCCAGUUCUGCCUGCUUCUGCAGUUUAGAGAUUGGAUUACGGUAGUGUCUCCUCGAGUUGGAGAAGAUGAAGCUUUCGCUGAAAGUCCAAGACGAAACUGAUGAGAAGCCCCAAUCUCUCCGCUACCACCACCGCUCCAAUCCACUCCUCCUCCGAGCCAAGAUUCCGGUGACCGUCUUCGGCUUCCCCUUCCUCUCCGGCGUCGCCGCCUCCGACCCCUCCGACCUCUCCCUCUCUCUCCGCACCAAUUUCCCCUCCGGUCCCUAUCUCAAGCUCUCCUACACCCCCACCUCCGCCGGUUCCACCGACGCCCCGCCGCCUCUCGCCGUCUCUCUCAAAUCCGGCGUCAGCCUCUUCGGCUCCCCUCGCAAUUCCCCUCUCGUCAUCUCCGCGCACUUUAGUUUCUUCCCACACAACCUACACGCUAAUCCCUCUUUUUCUCUCCAAAUCAAGCCCCAAUUUGGCGAUUUCUCUCUCCAGAAAACCACGUAUUCAAACCCUAACCCUAACCCUAACCCAAAGGCCAAUGGCGAGGUCACUUCGAUGGGAUUCGUGCCUCUGGAGAGGCCGAUUACUUGGAAGGACUUGUCGCUGGAGUCUUCUUCUUCUUCUUUUUCCCCUUCUAAAGGCUCGCUUUUGUCUGGAAUUGCGGUCAUGGCGAAGACGGCAUUGCCGGUGACCAAGCACGUUGCGGUGAAUUUCCGGUGGGGCGUCAAUUUUCCCGCCAAUAUUGGGAAACAGUUGCCCUUUCUGGCCGUGAAUAAGAUCGGUAUAGAGAGGGUUGACGAGGUGAAGGAGGCCAAGGAGGUGGAGUCGAAGAGCAGCGAGGGUAAUUUGGAGCUCUUAAGGGGCAUGUCUCUUUCUCUGAGAAGAGAAAUGGAGUUCUUGCAGAAGGAGAACAGUGAGAUAAAGCAGAGCUUGGAGGACUUGAGGAUAGUCAAGUUGGGCGGGCGGGAAUGGAAUUAUAGAGCUAAAAAUGUCGAUGGUGUUGCUAAGAAAGCAUCACCGAUGACCGAAAAUUCUGCUGGGUUUGAGCAAUGGAAGACCAAGAAGAGUGGUGUGCAAGACAAUGUGCUGAAAGAAUCGAGGAAGAAUUCGAAUUUGGAAGGUGCUUUGGAGAGUGAACUGCAAAAAGCUAUCAAGGCUGCUUCCGCUUCGUCCUAAGGUUACAUGAGCAAAGGCUGGCCUGCCUCCCUUUGUGCAACCCCAAAAUAAAUAAUGAGAUGCCUGUUACCGAGCUUGUCUUCGCCCCUGUUUCUUCCUGCUAUACUCUUGCAACCUGUGUUGUCCUUCACUCAUGAUACAGUGUCUAUAUGCAUUAGCCAUGAUAUUGAAGGCUGAAGCCUGAUGCCUCCUCUUUUGGGUAGGCUGGAGCAUGAUAUUGAAUAACAGUUUGUCAAAUUAGUCAAACAAGCGCUUUUGUAAAACAGGGCAGUCCCAUUCUCCUCCCCACAUACCUCAUUGGCAUUAAAAGAUCAUCAGUCUUUUAUAUAACAAAGCUGGAUAAAUGCUGAAUGUAGUUGAUCGCUGAAUCUUCACUCUGGUUGACAUGAUAAAAAUUUUGGGGACAUU